ACGUGAUCAUAAUAAUCCUGAGUUUCUAUCCUACAAACAGCAGAAGAAUGAAGUGCCUCGCAGUGCUGUUACUGUGCGUGACGGCUAUCGCUGCAUUCCCAGCUGCCCAGAAAGAUGAUUUAGAAGCCGACUAUGAAGAACUCGCUCAGAAAUACCUGGAAAGGUUUUAUGACCUGCGGACAGGUGGUCCGGUUGGAAGAAAAAAGAACAGCAAUCCCUUCUCUGAGAAACUCGAGAAUAUGCAGAAGUUUUUCGGCCUGAAGGUAACGGGGACACUGAACGCAGAGACUGUGGAAGUGAUGCAGAAACCCCGCUGCGGAGUGCAUGACAUCGGUCUGUACAGCACCGUCCAGAAAGAUUCUGCGUGGAAGAAAACAGAUCUAACUUACAGGAUUUUAAACUUCACGCCUGACUUGCGUAAAGCUGAUGUGGAGAAGGCAAUCGAAAAAGCCUUUAAGGUUUGGAGUGAUGUGACGCCGCUAACAUUCACCAGAAUCUACGAUAAAGAGUCUGAUAUUGAAAUCUCUUUUGUUAGAGGAGAUCAUCAUGAUAACUCCCCUUUUGAUGGACCCAAUGGAAUUUUAGCUCAUGCUUUCCAACCUGGCAAUGGUAUCGGUGGAGAUGCCCAUUUUGAUGAAGAUGAAAGUUUUACAAAAAACAAUCACCCAUAUAAUUUAUUUCUGGUGGCUGCUCAUGAGUUUGGACAUUCCCUGGGGCUUUCUCAUUCAACUGACCAAGGUGCCUUAAUGUACCCUACUUACCCAAAUACCCACCCUGAUGAAUUCACACUUCCUCAAGAUGAUAUUGAUGCCAUACAGUAUCUCUACGGGAAAUCAACAAACCCCAUUCAGCCAACAGGACCCACUACUCCAUCCAGAUGUGAUCCCACCAUGGUUUUCGAUGCUGUCACCACUUUACGAGGGGAAAUGUUUAUCUUUGUUAACAGAUUUUUGUGGCGCAAGCAUCCUCAAGUAUCCGAGCCAGAACUCCUCUUCAUUCAAACUCUGUGGCCAUCUUUGCCUGCUGGCAUUGACGCUGCCUAUGAAAACCCUUAUACAGAUGAAGUUCUUCUAUUUAAAGGGACUAAAUAUUGGGCUCUCAAUGGCUUUGAUAUUGUCAGAGGAUACCCCAAAAAUAUCCACAAACUGGGCUUACCCAAAACCGUUAAAUCAAUUGAUGCUGCUGCCCACGUAGAGAGCCUAGCAAGAACCUACUUCUUCGCGGGUGGUAAAUAUUGGAGUUACAAUGAAGACACCCAAGAAAUGGAUGAUGGUUUCCCCAGGUUAAUAAAAGAUGAUUUCCCGGGAAUUCCUAGAAAAAUUAAUGCUGCUAUUUAUUAUAGAGGUUUAUUGUACUUCUUCAGUGGACGGAUGCAAUAUGAAUACAGCCUUGAAUCCAACAGGCUUUUAAGGGUUUCAAGGAGUAAUAGCUGGUUGGGCUGUUAAAAAAAAACUGUGGGUAUAAUGAGGCAUCAUUUUUACAUUUUAGCCUUAUCAUUUACUAUAUUGUUUUAGUAUUUUUUUUUAUUGAUAUUAUUUAAUAUUAAUAUGUUGGAAUUAUUUGAGCAUUGUGUCUUUUUGGUGAUUCAUGAUAUCACUUUUGUUCUCUUUCAAUGUAUUAAAUAAAAUGUAUUUUGUAAAAACGCAAA